GACAUUCAGAUGUCAAUGUCCUCAAUUUAAAUAGUGCUUUGGAGCUAAACGCAGCGACUGUUCUUGUGUGUGUGGAAGACAUCAGUCAAGGUAGAAAACUUUUGACAACCCUCAGGACAUCUGUGCACCAUGCCUGAAGAGGAGGACUGGCAGAAAUUGGCAAAUGUUAUCCUGCACUGGAACAGCAACAGGCUUGACUUGUUUGAAAUAAGUCAGCCAAGUAAAAGUUUUGAGUUCCAAGGUGUGAUGCGCUUCUCCUUGGAGGACCGCACCACGGGGAACUUUGCCACCAAGUGUCUGCGUGUCUGCAGCAGCUCCACCACCCGUGAGGUCAUAGACACCCUUCUGGAGAAGUUCCGACCAGACAUGAAGAUGCUGUCCACACCAUACUGUCUGUAUGAGGUCCACUCUGGGAAGGAGCGUAAACUGGACCUGAGGGAGAAGCCUUUAGUUGUGCAGUUACACUGGAACACUGACAACAGAGAAGGUUGCUUUGUCCUGAGGAAUGAACAGGACAUCCUCCUUGAGGCCAACUGCCAUGAGAGGAAGGAGAAGGGGGGAAUGAUACAGAACUUCAAGAGGACACUGUCACGGAAGGAGAAGAAGAAGAAGGAGAGGAGCACAGAUGCAGACCUCAACACCAAGACUGAGGGCCAGUCUUCAGGAAAAGAGUACUCUGAGGACAGGAAGUUAGGUCACAGGGAGCACAGUGCAGGAGAAACUUAUUUACAAAGCCUGAGGCCUAACAAGUCAACUCAAAAUGGAGACCAGCUUGAAAACACUGACAAACUACAACUCCCUUUAGGGGUCAAAUUCAGAGACAACUCUGAAGAUUCCUUCCUGUCAGCAGUCAUCAACUAUACCAACAGCUCCACCAUUCACUUCAAGCUGUCCCCAGCCUACGUCCUCUACAUGGCAGGACGCUAUGAGCUCCAGCGUCACGGCAGGUCAGACUCGCCCUCCUCCCCAGAGCAGGCACACAAAGUCAGCUCGCUCGUCAACAAGAUGGUGAACCUGACAGAAAGUGUGAUUCAGAAGCAGCAGGUUAUGGCUGGAGCUCUGGCAUUCUGGAUGGCCAACAUCUCAGAGCUCCUGAACUUCAUCAAGCUGGACAAGGACCUGAGCCUGGUGACACAGCAAGCACAAGAUGCCCUGGCCCAUCUGGUGCACAAAGCUUUCAAGAGUCUGGUUGACUGUCUACAGAUGGACUUGAAAAAACACAUGACAGGGUUCCUGAUUGACCCUGAGAGAGAGGAUCAACUCCCUGGAAUAGAAGGAGUGGUGAACACGUUGACGGCCACCAUGUCUCUGCUGCGUCGCAGCCGGGUCAACCCCGCCCUCACCAUUCAGCUCUUCUCGCAGCUGCUCCACUUCAUCAGCGCCUGGCUCUUCAACAGGCUGCUGGGUGUGGAGGCCAGCACCCUGGGCCUGCGGUCCCACUACUGGGGGGCGGCCCUACGCCAGAGGCUGACCGCCAUCGAGGACUGGGCUGAACGACAGGGGCUGGAGCUGGCUGCGGACUGCCACCUGGGACGCAUCCUUCAGGCAACAAUGCUUCUGACCAUGAACAAGUAUUCCAUGCAAGAUGCAAAAGAAAUCCAGAAGGCCACUUUUAAACUGAACUCCCUGCAGCUUAAAAAGCUGAUGAACAGCUACCUUUACGCUACCAAUGAGCCACUUAUCCCCCCUGGCUUGAUUGAUAGUGUGGUGGCCCAAGCAAAGGUGUCUGCAGAUGAGCUUCUGCACUGUGAGGGGCGGGACCUGGAGCUGGAGGAGAGCUUGGACCUCCAGCUGCCCUUUCUGCUCCCUGACGGGGGGUACUCCUGCGAAACCAUACAGGGCAUUCCGCAUGGCUUCAGGGAGUUCCUGGAACCCAUUUGCCGCAAAGGCCUCUGCACCCUUAUUUCUCUCCCCCACUCCAAUGGCCUGUGGACUGUGUUCUUUGCUGGAGCCAGCACCCCGUCCUCAGGGAGUACCAACUUGCCAGUGGGUAGAGAUCCGGAGGUCGUGAUCCUCACGCUGAAGAAACCCUUGAACAGUGGAAUGGGGGUCAGCAUUGUGGCUGCCAAGGGAGCAGGGCAUGGCAACCUUGGAAUUUAUGUCAAAUCUAUUGUCAAGGGAGGACCAGCUGAAAUGGAUGGGCGGCUGUCUGCUGGAGAUCAGCUGUUAAGUGUGGAUGGACAAACCCUGGUGGGAAUUUCUCAAGAAAGGGCAGCAGGUAUCAUGAUGAAGACCGGACCAGUUGUGACCCUCCAGGUCGCAAAGCUGGGAGCAUGUUUCCAUGGCCUGGAUGCUUUGCUCUAUCAACCACCCUCAAAGAAAACAAUGGAUGGAAGUCAUCAGAGCAUCUCAACACCAAAUGAGAAGUCCCCCGUUCGGAACAUUGGUGUCGAUCUGAGUAUCUCGGGACUAUGGGGGGGCCAGCACGGAGCCAGCAGGAGAAGGAAGGAGCAGCUGCUACUCAAGAACAGACAGCUUUAUCGCUCCAACCCCAACAUGAUUGCUCUGGUCUCAGACGAGGGAGAACCUGCUGAUCCUGUUGAGAUGCGAGGACAAAUCUCGGCCGUCUCCACCCACGAUAUUUGCUCUGAUGAGAGUCUAAGGGAAUACCAGACGCUGCCAGCACUGAGAUCUCAGGACAGGAAAGCCCCAGCUAAACAUGAAAGACAACUUCAGAGCCCCAGAGUUACUUUCAGUCCUCUUGAAGAACACAUCCCUGACAGGAGGGCUUACAUGAGACAUGCACACUCUCAGGACAACCUGUGUGUUGAGACUGUGGCGCCCCUAGUGGAAAAGCCACAGGGGCAGGCCAGAGGGAGGAUGAGUCACCAGGCCUCUGUCCCUGUCCGCUCCUGCAUCUCAACCCAUGACCUCCACCUCAAGCUCCCUCCGGCUGCCAGGCACCAUCAGAGCAACCGUCAAAGUGGGUCAGGUUACUGGAGAACGCCAGCCAUACAGAACCCAGUAACCUCAAUACAGCCAAUACGCAUAGACAUCCCUGCAACAAGGCCAAUUGACACUCGCCCUCCCCUCACCACCUUCAGGCAAAACACAACAUUGCUGACGAUGAGGUUGAGCCAAAGCUCAAAUGGUGAUGAAAAAACACAGCUUAUCAAUCAGGGGAUGAGCUUCCAGAAUCAUGCAGGUCCUUCUUCCCCAAACCAGACGCUUCCUCAAGCGUCUGUGAAAUCCCAGCCGCUGCAACAACAGCCGAGCAUCUAUCAAGAACAACAGACCAGAGCUCCAACAGUCUUCUUUCCGCCAAGACAAACCUCCCCUCACAAGCCGUCCCCUCAGCAGCAGCCAGGUGUUAUCUCCCCCAACCAACAAAACCUGUACUCGGAUCUCCACCGGGAGCUGUCCGGCUGCAGUGGCUUGUCCCCAGACCCCUGGAAGAGGGCGGCCCGGGAGGCACUGGAGAAGCAGCAGCGGCUCCAGGUUGUGGCCCUGCUGGAGCGCGAGCUACGCGAGCUGCAGGCAAAGGACCAGCACACCCCUGAGGAGAAGGACAGGCUCCGCAGGGUGGGCCUAGAGUGGCAGUUCCAGAAGAGGCUGCAGGAGUUCCAGCAGAACGGAGAAGAUGAUGAUGAGGAGGAGGAUAAGGACGUGAGGAUGAUCAUGCAGCAACUGGAGGUCGAGGACAAGACACAGCUACAAGGGAAGGAUCCCUGCAAACUCCAGCAGCACAUUGAUGAAAACACCAACCCUUCAAGAGAGGACAAGAAAAUCACUUCAUCAGGGACAGAUCAAGGUUAUAAUGGAUCUGACAAACUUGACUUGCAUACAAGGAAACCAGAGGAGUAA